GUAAAGUGGGGACGGAGAGCGUUGAACGUGUGUCCACCGUGUCGCGACUUACCGCAAUUUCGAUCGCUGCCGGCGUAUAUAUUUGUGAUAACUGAACAUUUUAAUUUAAAACUUUACGUAAAAACCAAAAUAAGAAUUAGCUUCAUGAAAAAAAUUCAGUGGUGGCAAACGUGUUUAUUAUUAUAAGUUGAAUAUUUUAACCUAUUUGAACGGAUGCGCAAAAUAUAUGAAUAAAAUAUCGCGUGCAAUAAAUAGUACAUUUUAGUCGCAUUUCCUCGCACGUUAUCAGCAGCUGGUUUGUGGUGAAUCGACUUCACACUUUAUUAGGACAAGGCUAUGGUGUUUUUCAUAGCACGUGGUAUUUGCCGCGGUAUCCUAAAGUAAUAUUUAAGUCAAUGAAUGUGAUGCAAUGUUUGCAUGACGAAAGAUCAGACAUUCCGUAACAGAGCAGGGGAUAUUUAUCCCAAACUUGAAGGAUUUAGAACUGAGUUUGUGUGUCAAUUCAGUAUUAAUAAUUACCGUUAACAUUUGAGUAAUUAAUUAGAUUAAUCAAAAAUGACGAAAGUAUCCGCUGCAGAAGGGUUGACGCCGAAGGCUAUGGAGGUUGGUGAAAGCGGGGAAUCGGUGGAAGGGGAAUCGUCUGAAGGAGUUCGGUUGAAGAAAGAAUUGAGUCUAUUGAAUGGCGUGGCGAUCAUUGUAGGAGUGAUCGUGGGGUCCGGGAUCUUUGUGUCCCCCAGACUGGCCUUGAAGUUCGCUGGUUCAAAAGGCAUGGCGCUUAUUGUAUGGGUACUCUCCGGAUUUCUAUCGAUGAUUGGAGCUCUAUGCUAUGCAGAGUUAGGUACAAUGAUCCCUAAGUCCGGUGGUGACUAUGCGUACAUCAGCGAGGCUUUCGGGGACCUGCCCGCGUUCCUCUACCUCUGGGGCGCGCUGUUCAUCCUGGUGCCGACGGGAAAUGCCAUUACGGCGUUGACCUUCGCCCAGAAUAUCCUCCAACCGCUGACUCCUCACUGUGAACCGCCCAAGGACGCUGUGAGCCUCAUCGCUGCCAUUGUUACAUGUUUUCUCACCGCCCUGAACUGCUACAACGUGAAAUGGGUCACGCGGGUCCAAGAUUCCUUUACAGCAGCAAAGAUAUUGGCCUUGCUGGUUACAUUCUUCGCAAGUUUGUGGUAUUUGUUUUCGGGCCAUACGAAAAACUUGGAAAACAUAAUGGAGGGCACUAUAACAGAUCCAGGACAAAUUGCCAUUGCAUUUUACACUGGACUUUUUUCAUAUUCUGGCUGGAACUAUCUUAACUUCGUUACGGAAGAACUAAAGGACCCUUAUAAAAACCUACCUCGCGCCAUUUGCAUCUCCAUGCCAGUAGUGACGCUAGUUUAUGCGCUCACCAACGUCGCCUACUUCGCUGUGCUCGAAAAAAAUGAGAUAAUGGCUUCAGAAGCUGUUGCCGUUACAUUCAGCGUCAAGAUCCUGGGUGUCUUUUCCUGGAUCAUGCCUCUCUUCGUGGCUUUGUGCACCUUCGGAUCUCUCAAUGGUGCUAUUUACACCUCGUCCAGGCUUUUCUUCGUGGGAGCUAGGAAUGGACAUUUACCGGUGGCGAUUUCCCUCAUUGAUGUAAAAAGGCUGACUCCGGUGCCUUCCCUUAUUUUUAUGUGUUUGGUGACAUUGCUGCUGCUGAUGUUGAACGACGUGGAAGCCCUCAUGGUGUACGUGACCGCAGUUGAAGCCAUAUUCAUAUUUUGUUCAGUAUCUGGCCUCUUAUGGAUGCGAUACACUCGGCCGAAGUUGAUGCGGCCAAUCCGAGUCAAUUUAAUUUUACCAAUAACAUUCCUGAUCGUUUGUACAUUCCUUGUUGUAUGUUCGUGCUUUACAUGCCCAAAGGAAGUAGGUAUCGGAGUAGCGUUUAUAGCUCUUGGAGUACCCAUCUUUUACGUAUUCGUUAUGUGGAAGGAUAAACCUAGUUGGAUGCUCAAAUUUUGUGACAAUUUCAACCUCACUUGCUCAAAAAUGUUUUUAAGCUUACCCGAGAAUUCUAAAGAAUUAUGAUUUGUAAUGAUCUGACCAAAAUUUAGUGGUUAUAUUCUCUUUGGAUCUGACCUUCGAUUUUUUGACGUGUGUAAUUUUCGCUGAUUAUACCCUGGCAUAAUAUAAAAAAUACACCAUCAUCUUUUCAUACUUAAGUUGAAUCGAACCAAUUAAGACUGGCGCGAAAUUCAUACCGUGUGUGCGUUAUCAUAUCCUUUAAGUUUAUUUUAUAUCAUGUCAGUGUGUUUAUGUUAAAGAUUUAAAUUAUUAGUAACUAACUACGACCCGUGACAUCGAUUGGAUUUGUUACGGAUUUUUUUUAAUUCAGGAUAAUGUUUGUUAUUCUGAUGUUAAUAAAUAAUUAUUAUGUUCGUCCUCAGUUAUGUCUGUGAAAAAAAUUAGUCAGGAUUGGUUUAGGUGUUAAUAGUAUUAUAUGUUACUAUAUUCACAGGAUGUAGAAGUUGCAGACAUCUAUAUGUGCCAAAUUUCAUUAAGAUUGGUGCAGUAGUCCUUGAACUGACCGUAGGUAACAAACAAACAAACGUUUACGCAUUUAUUAUAUUAGUGUUAGAACUAUGAUGCUUUGUAAUGUGUGAGGUCACUCAUUUGAAAUUUUAAAAUUAAGGCGAGGUCUAACGAUUUAAAUCUUUGAUUCAUGUUAUUUAUUGGACGCCUGUAAGCGUUAUGACGUUAAGAUCUUUUUGUCAAUGACUCGAAUAAAGCAUUACGUUUAAAAUAAUAUUAAGUUUGUAUUAGACUUGGAAAUUAUAAUAAAUUUCGUAUAUACAGAA